AUAUGCAUUGUAUUUAAAAUGCCUGACGCAGAAUUCAUAUUUUGAGAAAUUUUUUUAAACAUUAAAGUAAAACUAAGAAAAAAGUGGUUCAGUUUGGAACGAAAGUUGUGAAGUAUGGUAAACUAAAAUGCAAAUUUUGUUUUGAAGUGCAUAUAUGCAAACUAAGUAGAAGUAAAACUACUGUUACUACCAUUCCUGUGCUAACACUACCAUUUGAAAUUGCGACUUCCAUACCGACGAAACACGCACAUGUGCUGGCGCAGUAUUACGAGCAAAAGCACUAACAUACAAACAUAGUAAUUUCUUUAAAAUAUAGUAGGAUACCUGCUAAAGUAAAAUCUGGGCCAAAUUGACGUAUAAACUUGUAAGUUGAAUAAUUACAAAUUUUGAACGGUUGGCCAGAGUGAGACAAAGUGAAUUUGUUUCAGAAUACAAUGUCUUCAAUAUCAGCGCAAGGCGUAGUCGAACGAGCCUCCGCUGAACUUUCCAAACGAAUAAAUGGUUUGGGUUUGCGUUCAAAACAUCAUCAUGGCAGUGGUUCAUCAACCUCUUCUUCUUCCUCUUCGACUGGCUCUACAUCAAGUGGGAAAACGUCAGUAAUGGAAAGAGUAACAAAUGCGCUUUGUGGUGGCAGCAGCAGCAGCAGCAGCAGCAGUAGCAGUAAUAAUAGCAGCAAUAAUAGUAAUAAUUCUAACAACAGCAACAAUUCUAAUAGUAAUACAAACAGUAACAAUACACCUGAUAAGCCCACACGAAGCAGUGGCAGUCAUACACAAUCCACCAAUUUGAGCAACGCUCACAACAAUAGCAGUAAUAAUCAACAAAACUCAGCAAGUAGCACAGCAACGCAUCAUUCUACAACAAAUUUUCAAAUAAUCCAGCAACAACAGUUGCAAACACAAAUAGCAAGCUCAACAUUGGUCAACUCAAACAUGAUAAACUCUGGAGCAGCAAGCCCACCUCAUGGUGCACUGGGUGCUCCACCUGCACCCACAGUUAACUCAAUUGCUAAACAAAUGAAUAUUGCCAUACCGCACGGAUCACCACAAUUCAACACAAUGGGCAUGGCUGCAGUACAAAAAAGUCAAUCUGGCACACCGAUUCAAUUGCGUAAACAAUUGCCGAAUCCACAUUUGCAUCACCCAUAUGCAGGCAGUGGUGGCAUAAUUGGUGGUGCUGCUGCAUCGACACAUCUAGUCGCUGCUGUGAAUCAAUCCGCUUUGAUAUUACAUAAACAUCCGCCGCCCAUAACAAGUAUAGAUGCUCUUAUGUUGGACGACAGAUUUCUGAAUAAGUUUUUUUUGUAUUUUUCGUCGUAUGAAAGACGGGUACUAGCACAGGUUUGCAUUAAAUGGCGAGAUAUACUAUAUCGAAGUCCACGCUACUGGUCGGGGUUAUUACCUACGUUACAAUGUCGGGAAUUGCGUCAAGUAGCAAGCUGUGAUCGUGUUAAACUAUAUAACUCAUUAAUACGUCGAGGUUUUCAUGCUUUAGCUUUGGUUGGCGCUGCCGAUGAGGAUGCUUUGGAUGUUGUACAUUCAUUUCCACUAGCGUCCAAACACAUACAUUCGUUAAGUUUACGGUGCUCUUCAAUUAGCGAUCGUGGUUUAGAAGCAUUGCUUGACCAUUUGCAGAGUUUAUUUGAGCUUGAACUUGCUGGCUGUAACGAGGUUACCGAAGCGGGGCUUUGGGCAUGUCUGACACCACGAAUUGUUUCUUUGUCGCUGGCUGAUUGUAUUAAUAUUGCUGAUGAGGCUGUGGGUGCAGUGGCGCAACUGUUGCCAUCUCUUUAUGAAUUCUCUUUACAGGCUUAUCAUGUUACAGAUGCUGCUCUGGGUUACUUUUCACCCAAACAAAGUCAUAGUCUUAGCAUAUUACGCUUACAAUCAUGUUGGGAAUUAACCAAUCAUGGAAUUGUUAAUAUUGUGCACUCGUUGCCGCAUCUUACGGUGCUUAGCCUUUCCGGUUGCAGUAAACUAACUGAUGAUGGUGUUGAGCUGAUUGCGGAAAACUUACAAAAGUUACGUGCUUUGGAUUUGUCCUGGUGCCCGCGUAUAACAGAUGCUUCAUUAGAAUAUAUCGCCUGUGAUUUGAAUCAAUUGGAAGAACUAACUCUUGACAGAUGCGUACACAUAACCGACAUAGGUGUCGGGUACAUCUCAACUAUGCUUUCGCUUACCGCCCUCUUUUUGCGCUGGUGCUCACAAGUACGUGACUUUGGACUGCAACAUUUAUGCUCAAUGCGUAAUCUUCAGGUGCUUUCAUUAGCCGGUUGCCCUCUGCUAACAUCAUCUGGACUUUCAAGUCUAAUACAACUACGACACUUACAAGAAUUAGAACUAACUAAUUGUCCAGGAGCAUCGCAUGAACUCUUCGAGUACUUGAAGGAACAUUUGCCACGUUGUUUAAUUAUUGAAUAAAAUGUUUUUACAUAUUAAUAUUUAAAUGAUUACUAAUAUAAUUUAAGUUUUAU